ACGUUGUAUGUACAUGGUGGGAGAUAAAACAAUCUUUGUUAAAAACUAUUCAUGCGGCUAUUAACUGACUUAACUUUAUGCUUCUAUUUUUACUAUUGAAUGUGAUCAUUUUCGUUAAAUUAGAGUGAAAAUUGUUGACUAUAAGAGUCACUUAAAUGAUUAGACGUGGAAUAAAAUCUCCCGAGAAAUUAUCACAUUUAAACGCAUCUUUAAGAGCUGUGGACAAAUAGGUUUAAACAAGGUAUUUCUACACUAUGGCUACAAGUCGUGAAAUAGACACAGAUUUUCUUUCUGAUGAAAUAUUUGAUGUUUUGUGUUCGAUGUGUAAAAAUCGAGGUAAAAAUACUGACGGUGAAAAAUUCUGUGUGGACUGUCAUGAUUAUUUCUGUAUAAAUUGUGUUGAAGUUCACAGUCAAGUUCCUGUGUGUGUUAAUCACAAGGUGCUGGAUUUAUCACAGGUUAAGUCAGGAACCAACAAAGAUUUACCGAGAGCACCAACAGAAAGAUGCGACAGACACCAUCAUAAAUACAUUGAUAUGUACUGUCACAACCAUGAUGAUGUCGGCUGUUCUAUAUGUAUGACGAUUGAUCACAGAUCAUGUAAGGAUAUAUUCUAUAUACCAGAAUUUAUCCAAAACAAAUCUUACCAAGUGGCUUCAAGAGAAAUUCAAACAAGGCUGAAGGCAUUAGCCAUGACCUUUAAUGUACAAGCUAACAAAUUAAGUCAGGAUAAACAUAAAUUGUUGAAAAGAAAGGAGGAGUUACUGGAUGAUAUAAGAAAACUCAGACAAGAAAUUAAUGACCAACUUGACAUGCUGGAGAAAAGGUCUGUUGAUGAAAUAGAAUAUAAAUUCAAACUUUUUGAAGGCAAGAUUAAAGAUCACCUCAAACAGCUUCAAGCACUCAAAUCCAAGGUACCAUCAGCUAAUGAUAAAUUAGCAUCUCCACACUUAAAUCAAGCUGAAUUGUUUGUUCAUGUGAAGAUGGCGAAAAAUGUUGAAAGUGAUGCGAACAAAUGUAUAGAAGAUAUCAGUAUGAACGUAACAGUAAGUGACAUAGAGUUUCAACCUGACAGAAAUCUCCUUCAUUGCCUGAAGCAAAACAAAACAAUAGGCAUGCUAACAGAGAAAACUGUGAAGACUGACGAUUUGCUUCAGAUAACAGGAGGACAAUCAUACUGUGUCAAAGUUAUGUCUGACGAAAAUGAAUGUUCAAUCACAAGUGCCUGCUAUAUGGAAAAUGGUACAAUCAUCCUAGCUGAUUACAACAACAAUAAGCUUAAACGGUUAGAUAGUCACAAUUAUACCAUCACAGGUUGCUACAAUCUACCUGGAAAACCAUAUCAAAUAUGUAAAAUCCAUGAAACUCAAGUUGCAGUUACAUUACCGUCCCAACAAGAAAUUCAUUUCAUUUCCGUAGACAGAAAAAUGAAAAGAACAAAAAAGAUUGGAACUGAUUUUUAUUGUUACGGUCUUGCAUAUGCAAACAAUCAUUUAUAUAUAUUCAAGUGACUAUACCUCAGUCUAUAUGUACAUAAUGAAUGGCAGGAAACUUAAACAAAUAAGUACAGACCAGUGAUCCCUAAUAUUAACAGCUGCCAGUCAGGAUGCUUCAAGGUUUUAUGUUGCUGAUUUUUAAAAAAAUGGUUUAAUAGUACCAGACGACAAUGGUCACGCUUUAACAUCAUUUAAUGGUGAACAAUUACAUGUAGCUUUAAUGAAGCAGAUUGCUGUCUUAAUGAUGCUGGUAUCUGGAUAUAAAUCCAAUAAUGCUUUGCAGUUUACAUUUGAUGGUGAGCUGAUAGAAGAGUUCGUGGAAACUGCUAAAGAAAGGAAUUCUUACCCUUUGUUGUAAUGCAAAAUUGUCUCAG